ACUCAGAGGUCUGCUGCUGUGUAUAAUACAAAUCUAAGUGGUUUUAUACAUACAAGGAGUCUCCUAAUUAAUCACAGUGCAAAACUCAAAACAGGAGAUCGAGAUGUCUUUCCUGUUCAUAAUUGCAUUCACUUUGGCUUCAGCUUUCCUCCUUUCAAAAUAUCUAUCUAAGUGUCAAACCACAAUUAAUCUUCCUGGAGGGUCUCUGGGGUAUCCUUUAAUUGGAGAGACAUUGAGCUUUCUUCGAGCUCAAAGAGAAGAUCGAGGCUCGGAUUGGUUAGAAGAAAGGAUAUCCAAACAUGGGUUAGUGUUCAAAACCUCCUUAAUGGGUUCCCCAAUUGUGGUUAUAAUAGGCCAAGCUGGUAACAAAUUUGUACUUGGUGCUGAAAAUGAUGUUCUUGCUGCCAAGCAACCUGUCACCCUGCAAACCAUUGCUGGAAAGCAAAAUAUAUUUGAACUCACAGGUUCCAGGUACAGACUGGUAAAGGGUGCAAUGAUGACCUUUCUAAAGCCUGAAAGCCUUCAAAACUGCAUCAAAGAGAUGGAUGAGUUGGUCAAGACCCUAUUGAUAAGAGAAACCAAAGACAGUGACACAAUUAAGGCUGUGCUUUUCAUAAAGAAGCUUACUUUUUGUGUAGCAAGCAACAUCCUUUUUGGUAUCAAGGAUGAGUACACAAGGGAAGCACUGUUUGACGAUUUCUCUUUAGCAUUCAAAGCAGUUUGGUCUCUUCCUGUAAACUUCCCAGGCACUGCUUUCUGGAGAGGCCUAAGAGCCCGGUCAAGAAUUGUGGAUCGGAUUUUGCCAAUUAUGAGGAAGAAAAGGGAGGAGCUUUCAAAGGGGAUUUUGAGCCCUUCAAGCGACGUCCUGUCUUGCUUGCUAGAAUUGAGAGAUGAAAAUCAACAACCGAUUGCUGAUGAUAUGAUUAUAGACAAUUAUGUUACCUUAAUGAUUGCCAGUCAUGAUACAUCUGCUAUUCUUAUAAGCUUGAUGAUAUGGAAGCUGGCUAGAGAUCCUGAGAUCUACAGGAAAGUUUUAGAAGAACAAAUGGACAUUGUAAAGAAAAGGGAAGGAAAAGAAGACAGCCUCACAUGGGCGGAGAUACAAAAGAUGAAGUACACCUGGCGAGUUGCACAAGAACUGAUGAGGAUGAUCCCUCCUGUGUUUGGUAGCUUCAGAAAAGCACUGAAAGAUACCAGCUAUGGUGGCUAUGACAUUCCCAAAGGAUGGCAGGUGUUCUGGGUGGCCUAUGGAACUCAUAUGAAGAAUGAGAUAUUUGAGAAUCCCACAGAGUUUGAUCCAUCGCGCUUUGAGAACCCAGAAAAGCCAAUCCCUCCCUAUGCUUAUGUUCCCUUCGGAGGGGGACUCCACACAUGCAUAGGGAAUGAGUUUGCAAGGGUUGAGGUUCUGACUACCAUUCACAAUCUGGUGACGAUGUACGAAUGGUCGCAAGUGAACCCCGAGGAAGUGAUUACCCGUCAACCAAUGCCAUGUCCAUCUAUGGGCCUUCCAAUUAAGAUCAAACCAAGGCAUCUAUUUUAGAAGCCUCCUUUUGCCUCAUGCAAUAUUACUUUUACUAAUUAAUUAAUAUUGUAGCAUUCUUGUGUGGUGUGGUGUGGUGUGGCAUGUUAUAGUAACAAGAUGAUUGAUGAUGGAACUUGCUUUAUUUUGUAUGAUGAUUGUUGUCU